AUGCUAAAGCUUAAAAGAGAAUCGCGAACUGCCAAGGGCCUGAAAGAUGAGGCUGGGGAGAGAGACAGAGAAGUGAGCAACCUAAACAGCAAGCUCUUGAGCCUGCAACUCGACAUCAAGAGUCUGCAUGAUGUCUGCAAGAGACAGGGGAAGACCUUGCAAGAGAACCAGCUCUGUGUGGAGGAGGCCAUGAUGAGCAACAGCCACAACAAGAACCAAGCCCAGGCGUUGGCAUUCAGGGAAUCCCAGAUGGAGUUUGGAUCUAGCAAGCAGUGUCAUCUGAGACAACUCCAGCAACUGAAGCAGAAAUUGCUGGCCCUUCAGCAAGAGCUGGAGUUUCGCACCGAGGAGUUGCAGACUUCCUACUGCUCCCUCCUGCAGUAUCAGUCCAUCCUGGAGAAGCAGACUUCCGACCUGGUUCUUCUUCAUCACCACUGCAAACUGAAGGAAGAUGAGGUGAUUCUCUAUGAGGAGGAAAUGGGAAACCAUAAUGAGAACACAGGGGAGAAACUCCAUCUAGCGCAGGAGCAGCUUGCCUUGGCAGGGGACAAAAUUGUCUCCCUGGAAAGAAGCCUAAACCUGUACAGGGAUAAAUACCAGACUUCCCUGAGCAACAUUGAGUUACUAGAGUGCCAAGUGAAGAUGUUGGAGGGAGAGCUCAGCGGCAUCAUCAGUCAGGAGCCUGAGAGCAAGGGUGAUCACUCAAAAGCAAGUCUCUACACCUCUUCCUGCAUGAUUCAAGAGCAUCAGGAGACCCUAAAGCGACUGUCUGAAGUCUGGCAAAAGGUCUCUGAGCAGGAUGACCUAAUCCAAGAGCUUCGAAAUAAGCUAGCCUGCAGUAAUGCUAUGGUUCUGGAGCGUGAAGAGGCUUUGAUAAAAUUGCAAGCAGACUUUGCUUCCUACACAGCCACCCACAGACAUCCCCCCAGCUCCUCAGAGGACUGUGAAGACAUCAAAAAGAUCCUAAAGCACCUGCAGGAGCAGAAAGACAGCCAGUGCCUGCACGUGGAGGAGUACCAGAACCUCGUGAAGGACCUGCGCAUGGAGCUGGAAGCCGUGUCAGAACAGAAGAAAAACAUCAUGAAGGACAUGAUGAAGCUAGAGCUGGACCUGCAUGGGCUGCGGGAGGAGACGUCAGCCCACAUCGAGAGGAAGGACAAGGAGACGGCAUUGCUGCAGCUCCGGCUGCAGGAGUUGCAGCUGCAGUACACGGAGACCCAGAAGCUGGCCCUGAAGAAAGACAAGCUGCUCCAAGACAAGGACGAAAUGCUGCACGAGAUGGAGAAGAAGCUGACGUGGGUUCAAAACAGCCUCAUGAAGAAGGAGAAAGAGAUAGAGAAGCAGCAAAGAAUGUUGGCAGAACUCGAAAGGGCUGUCAAGGAAGCAAAGCAGGACCAGUUCAAGGAGGAGUGUGGGGUCCUGAGGCGCGAGGUCCUGACGCUGAAGGAGUCCCUUGAAGAGGCCAGACAGAAGCACAGGAUGGCGACUCAGCACGCUGCCCAGUCGAAGGAGGAGGCCCAGUUGGCAGGGAGCAGCCUGGAGGACUUCCAGCGGAAGCUGCAGAGCUGUGCUCUCCAGGACAAGCAAAAGGGAGAGACCAUCCAGGAACUGCAGAGGGAGGUGCAGAAGCUGCAUCAGGAGCUGGCGGCGGCCGAAGAGGAGCGCACCAGCAGCAGGAAACAAAUAGAGGAACUGAGCUUCAAACUGGCUGAGGCCCAGAAAAAGUGUGAAACUUUAGACAAGGAAAAGAGGCAGCUUCAGAAGAAACUGGCUGAGGAAGAUAUGAAAAUGAAUGAUUUGCUUGACCAACUCAAGCUCAGUCAGCAGCAGCAAAGGGAGCUAGCGAAUGCCAAAAGCAAUCUGGAAGAAGAUCUUCGGGAUGCCAAAAAAUCACUGGCAGAGAAACAGGAGCAGUUGAAGAAAAGCAAAGAUCGGGAGAGGUUGCUAGAGGAAGAAAUUGAGAAUUUGCAACAAGAAGAGAAAAAGAAGGAAAAAAUGUUCAAAGACCAUUUAAGAAAGCUGGAGGAUGAAAAAAGUAACCUCCAGACAGAGUUGGAUGAUUGUUCUGCACAAUUGGAAGCCACUAUCAGCAAGUACAACACCACCCAGAAAAACAUCCAAGAGCUGAAAAUAGAGAUAACCCGCCAGAAGGAGUCCAUCAUGACUCUACAAUCACAGCUGGAUAUAGCUGUGCAGAAAGAGAAGCAAUACCUCCAAACCAUGGUCUCUAAAGAAGUCUAUGAAGAGUUAUCCCGGACGUCACGUGCUUGCCAAGAUGACCUAACGCAAACCCUGGAGAAGCUCAAUCAGGCAACCUCAGAGACAAAGUAUCUGCAGCGCAGCUUGCAACAGACCCAAGAGAAGAAAACUCAACUGGAAGAUGAGAUCGUGGCUUAUGAGGAAAGGAUGAAAAAGCUCAAUGUGGAAUUAAAAAAACUUCAGAGCUUCCACCAGCAGAGUGAGCUAGAGGUGAACUCCUUUGACAAGAAGCUAGAGGAGAUGAGCAGCCAGGUUCUGCAGUGGCAGAAGCAGCACCAGAAUGAUCUCAAGAUGCUGGCGGCUAAGGAGACGCAGCUCCGGGAGUUCCAGGAGGAAAUGGCCACCCUGAAAGAGAACCUCCUUGCAGAUGAGAAGGAGCCAUGCUGCCUGCCCCCACGGUCAAUGCCCAAAGACUCCUGUAGGCUCCACCGAGAUAAUGAACAGAUCAUGUGCAACAUGGAGCAGUGGGCCAAAGAGCAGAAGAUUGCCAAUGAAAAACUAGGAAACAAGCUCCGUGAACAGGUCAAAUAUAUUGCCAAGCUGACCGGUGAAAAAGACCACCUCCACAAUGUAAUGGUCCAUCUGCAGCAGGAAAACAAGAAGCUGAAAAAUGAAAUAGAAGAGAAGAAGAUGAAAGCUUGUAACAUGAGGCCAUGCACCAAAGCCCUCGGCCCGAGCAAAGCGGAGCCCACACAAAAGGGGAAAGCGUAUGGCACACUUGGCUGGAAGGGCGCAUCCCAUGACCUGGGACAGAAAAUGGACAUCACUAAGUACAUUGGAAUGCCUCACUGCUCUGGUUCCUCGUACUGCUAA